AUGAUUUCUUCAGAAAUUUUAUCUGGAUUUAAUGUUGAUGGUGAUUGUAAAAAAUCAAUUUUCAUUGAAAAUAAAAGUAAACAAAUGGAUUCAAAUCAAUCAUUAAAACGAAUGAAAACUAUUGAUACGAAUAUUCAUAUGAUAAAACAUUCAGCUGAAGAAUUUUUCUUUCAAUCACAUCCUUUUAGUGAUUUAAUACUUGUUGUUCAAGAUAAAGAAUUAUAUGUUGAUAAAAGUGUAUUAGCUGCUGGAUCAAAAAUUUUUCACUCGUAUUUUCAAGAUGAAAAUAUUGAUUCAAUUGAAAUUCUUGAUGUAUCACCUAAUGAAAUGAUUGAAUUACUUCAAUUUUUAUAUCCACAAUUUCGAUGUACAAUUAAUAAUGAUAAUGUGACGAUAUUACUCAUUCUUGCCCAUCGUUUUGAAUUAAAUUUUAUUUCGUCAGCAUGUCGAACAUUUAUAUUACUUUAUUUAUCAAAACUUGAAUAUAUAAAUAUGUAUCCAAAUGGUGGUGAAUUUAUUGAACAAGAUGAUGGAAUACGUUUAUCAAUUUCAUCGAUUCUUGAUAUUUUAUGUAUCUGGUUUCGUGAAUUUUUACUUAUUGAUGAUAGAAUUGCUUGUGAAGUUAUUCUAAAUAAAUUAUCUCAAUGUAGUAUUUCAAGUAUUCUUGCAUCGAAUGGUUUUAUGGAUUUAGAAGAAAAAAUGAAAUGGAAAAUUUUUCAAGCAAGAGCAAAAUAUUUAGAAAAUGAACGAUUAUCGACAUUUUAA